ACGCGCAGCGGUGGCGGCGGGAAGAUGGCGGAGUCCGGUGGCGGCGGUGGCGCUGGUGGCGGCGGCUUCGGCGCGGGCUCGGGCCCUGAGCGCCCGAGCAGCUUGGCCGACAAGAACGGAGCCCUCAAGUGCACCUUCUCGGCACCUGGCCACAGCACCAGCCUCCUGCAGGGCCUGGCCACCCUCCGCGCCCAGGGCCAGCUCCUGGACGUCAUGCUCACCAUCAACAGAGAGACCUUCCACGCACACAAGGUGGUCCUGGCCGCCUGCAGCGACUACUUCAGGGCCAUGUUCACGGGUGGUAUGAGGGAAGCGAGCCAGGACGUCAUCGAGCUGAAGGGUGUGUCGGCCCGCGGCCUGCGGCACAUCAUUGACUUUGCCUACAGUGCCGAGGUGACGCUGGACCUGGACUGUGUGCAGGAUGUGCUGGGCGCCGCUGUGUUCCUGCAGAUGCUGCCUGUGGUGGAGCUGUGCGAGGAGUUCCUCAAGGCCGCCAUGAGCGUGGAGACCUGCCUCAACAUCGGCCACAUGGCCACCACCUUCAGCCUGGCCUCGCUCAAGGAGUCAGUGGACACCUUCACCUUCCGGCACUUCCUGCAGAUUGCCGAGGAGGAGGACUUCCUGCACCUGCCACUGGAGCGCCUCAUCUUCUUCCUGCAGAGCAACCGGCUGCAGAGCUGUGCCGAGAUCGACCUGUUCCGCGCUGCCAUCCGCUGGCUGCAGCAUGACCCGGCCCGGCGGCUGCGCGCCAGCCAUGUGCUCUGCCACAUCCGCUUCCCGCUCAUGCGGUCGUCGGACCUGGUGGAUAGCGUGCAGACUCUGGACAUCAUGGUGGAGGAUGUGCUGUGCCGCCAGUACCUGCUGGAGGCCUUCAACUACCAGGUGCUGCCUUUCCGGCAGCAUGAGAUGCAGUCUCCGCGCACGGUUGUGCGCUCAGAUGUGCCCUCACUGGUUGCCUUUGGCGGCACGCCCUACACCGACAGCGACCGCUCCGUCAGCAGCAAGGUGUACCAGCUGCCUGAGCCGGGCGCCCGCCACUUCCGUGAGCUCACGGAGAUGGAGGUGGGCUGCAGCCACACGUGCGUGGCCGUACUGGACAACUUCGUGUACGUGGCUGGUGGCCAGCACCUGCAGUACCGCAGUGGCGAGGGUGCAGUGGACGCCUGCUACCGCUAUGACCCCCACCUGAACCGGUGGCUGCGCCUGCAGGCCAUGCAGGAGAGCCGCAUCCAGUUCCAGCUGAACGUGCUGUGUGGCAUGGUCUAUGCCACGGGUGGGCGCAAUCGGGCCGGCAGCCUGGCCUCAGUUGAGAGGUACUGCCCGCGGCGCAACGAGUGGGGCUAUGCCUGCUCGCUGAAGCGCCGCACGUGGGGCCACGCGGGCGCCACGGCCGGGGGCCGCCUCUACAUCUCGGGCGGCUAUGGCAUCUCAGUGGAGGACAAGAAGGCGCUGCACUGCUAUGACCCCGCAGCUGACCAGUGGGAGUUCAAGGCGCCCAUGAGCGAGCCCCGCGUGCUCCACGCCAUGGUGGGCGCCCGCGGCCGUAUCUACGCCCUUGGGGGUCGCAUGGACCACGUUGACCGCUGCUUCGACGUGCUGGCCGUAGAGUACUAUGUGCCUGAGACGGACCAGUGGACCAGCGUGAGCCCCAUGCGGGCCGGCCAGUCGGAGGCCGGCUGCUGCCUGCUGGACAGGAAGAUCUACAUUGUUGGGGGCUACAACUGGCGUCUCAACAACGUGACAGGCAUCGUGCAGGUGUACAACACCGAAACAGACGAGUGGGAGCGUGACCUGCACUUCCCGGAGUCCUUCGCAGGCGUCGCCUGUGCCCCCGUCCUGCUGCCCCGGGCCGGGACCAGGAGGUAGCCCCUGGGGCUGGCAUGGCGUCCACUGUCGCCACGAGGGGCUUGGCGAGCCCACGUCUGAGUGAGAACCACGGAUCCCCCCUCUCCUGGGCUGGCCUCCCGGGGUCUGCCUGUUGAUAAGGUCCCUCCUUUCUUCCCGAAGCAGAUCUGGGCUCAGCGCUGGCUGAGGUUGCCUGCCAGCAACGAGGCUGGCGUGUCAUGGCAGCAAACUUGCACCCGAGGCGGUUUCCUGGUCAUGCAUUGUCCUAGUCCGUGGGUGGCAAUCCGGGCUCUUUGGGGUGGUGUUGUGUGGCUUUGCCCCGCUUCUCUCCCC